GGGCAGUGCAAUGAAACAGGAUUAUACCGCCACAAGCCAUCGCCUUUAUUGAAAGUUAUUACGACAUGGACAACACAACGCACAGACAUCUAUACCGCUGGAAAAGACAUGAAGAUACUCGAAUUUACUCCAGAUCGCAGAGAGUGACAACAACGAAUGAUAUUCAAGACUGGAUAAAACGUGUAGAAGAUGCCUCAAAUGAUGCAGCAGAGGAAGUUUUUGGUUACAAGAAUUGGAGUACAAAGCAUGGCUUUGGGAGGCAACAGGCUUUGGAAACACAACAGCAGCUGAGGGAUCAUGACGAAACUGUCAGUGAAGCUCAGGAAUUGCUGAAUCAAUGGAUGAAUGAAAAGGUGCAGCUGGAAUCUGAGCUGAACACAAGUGAUGAGGCCUGGAACCACAGUGGACUGGAGGCAGAGGUGAAGAAAGAGUGGGACAACCUUCUGGAGGAUAACCUGGGUGUCUGGCAGAGAGGCUAUAACAGUCACAGGUCUACAGAUCCAUACAGCAAUAUUUAUGAGAUGGAGGACAAGGAUGCUGUGGACAUGGUUCUCCACAACCUUAUGGGGAAGGAGGUCAUCAAAGAUUGUGUCCUGAAAAACCUGAGUCAACAAAAUGGGAAUAAGUCAGAUCCCAAAACGAAGAUGGAGUUGAGACAGAAACAGGUCAAGGAGAACCGGGAAAGGAAACAGGCUGAACUGGAGAAAAGACUACGUGAUCGGCAAACAAAGAAGGAAGCACUGUUUGAGGCCAAGCAAAUUCUGCUAAAGGAGGAGAAGGAGAAAGCAAAAAAAAUGAAGCGUGAAGAAAUGGAGAUCCAAAAAGAAAUGGCAAAAAUUCGAAAAGAAAUGCAGGAGGAAAAGCGGCAGACAGAGGAAGCUAAAGUGAGGUUAAGACUGGAGAAGGACAAGAAGACCAAGUUGGACCAGGAGGGGCGAAGUCAGCAGUUAGUGCAGAGCCUGCGAGAGGAGGAGCAGAAAGCCCAGGAGGAGGAGAAGAGACGAGAGUUCAUGAGGAAGAUGAAACAGUUACAGAUCAGACAGGUUGCUGUCAAUCUAAAGAUUCUACAACGUCAUUUCUCGGCCUGGUACAGCCUUGUGCUAGAGCGGCAUAUGAAGAUGGGGAAGGCCAAGGCCAUCUCUGACUGGCGCUGUGUGGUGAAGGUGUGGAAUGGCUGGAAGUCUUAUACACGCAGUCGUAGAGUGGAGGAGGAAACACGAAGAUACCAGAGUGACGUCCAGGAGACAUACAGGAAGAGUCAGAAAGCAGAUGAGCACCACAAAAAGACUGUGUUGAGCAAAUGUUUCGAGUCGUGGCAAUUCUGGGUUCAGGAGAAGCAGGAUCAGAGACAGUUAGAGGAGGCCCAGUCCCAGACACGCCACAAAAUGAUGGCCUUCCUAGAGGCUGCCGCUGCUGGCAGACUCUGGAAUAAUGAUGAAGCAGAAGAGGCCAAAAGAGAGAAGGAAAAUGGGCAUGGAGAUUACAACGGGUCAAGGCCAGAUUCGGCCAUGAGGAAACUGGUGAUGAGUUGUUCGAGUCCUCCAAUCGUAAAAAGGACCUCAUCACUGUCGAGUCCCUCCACAGGAAGAAGUAGUCCAGUCAGUAAGCUAAAGGGGAAGAGGCUCAACCCUCGUGUACCCACACAGGCUUGGCAGGUUACACGCAGACAUCUUAACCUCUCACCAGAGGAGAUAGCUAGGCUGGGUGAUGAGAGAAACAACCUGCAGUUAGAAGGCGAGGAAAAACCCAGGAAACGACUAGGCAAAGUUCCCUGGAACAUCCCUCAGAUGGCUCCUAACUUGUUUGAAAACCGACACAAAGCACAGCAGAAAAUACUGGAGCAGCAACAGAAACAACUGAAAGAACAACAGAGACUGAUUGAGGAGCUCCGCUUUAAUCAGCAGAAUCAGCAGCUACAACAACAGUUGCUACAACAACAACAGGUCCUCCAGAAACAGCUGGAUGUCAUCACUCAACAACCAGUACAGGUGUCACCAUCUGGGGCCUCCAAUUCACAAGUAAGGAGGAAGGAGAAGGAUAUUGAGGAGGAUGUUUCAGCAAAGAUGGAGACCAACAGAAAAGAGACCACACGACCAUCUGACCCACUGGCCAGUGCUAGGAGUGGACUCAGUGAAGCAGCUUCCACAUCUACAAAGGCUUCAAACACCAGAUAUGUUGACUUACUCAAAAAAAUGGAGGACAGGGCCGCUGAGAGAGCUAGAAUGAAAGAGGAGCGGGAGAGGAAACGACAACAGGCCGAGGAAGAGAAGCUGCUGAGGCUACAGAAGGAAGAAGAGGAGGCCUUGCUUCGUCAGGAAGACGAGAAGAGAGCCAGAGUCGAGGCGUAUCGAGAGAAAAAACGGCAGGAGAAACAGAGAGAAGAAGAGCGUCAGAAGCAGAUUGAGAAGUUCAGGCAACUGAAUGUGAUGGCUGAGCAACACUUUCAGAGGUCCCUGCUCAAGUACCGAGGCCUUUGGCCGAUGAAGCGUCUUGUAGAGAUGGCCCAUAGUCACAACGACAAGGCUGCACAACAUCACAUAACCAGGCUUCUCAGGAAAUCUUUUAUGGGCUGGCACACACAUGUAAGAGAGGUGCUGACAUGCAAAAGGGACUUGGCAGAUGAGAUGCACAAAUACCUGGUGGUGAAGCAGUUCUUUAACCAGUGGAAAAACUACAAGAAUAUUAUGAUUUUGUUGGAGAAAAAGGCAGAGCGGUUCUUUGUUAAGAACCUGCAAAACCGUGUGUUUGUGGCCUGGGCGGACCAUACUGCAGAGGAGAAAGUGGCUGGGUGGGAGAGGGAAAGACACGCUCGUGAGCACAGUGAAUGGCGCAUCAAGAAGAAGAUGCUGAAGAUUUGGAGACAAUAUCCAGAGUACAGAAAGCAAGAGGCUGAACGGGAGAAGAGGAAGGCAGACAUGAGACGGAAAGUAGCCUCUCUGUUACCUGACUUCAUCAGCAGUCCCUGACAGAGUGGAGAGCUAAGGGGGCGUAGUCUUUGGUAGUGGAGAGUUUAGGGGGUCUCUGCAGGUGGGUACUUAUGACUUCAUCAGCAAUCCGUGGCAGAGUGAAGAGCUGAGAGGCCUCAGCGAGUCAGCACUAGUGACUUCAUCAGUAGUCUCUGGCAGAGUGGAGAGCUCAGAGGACCUCAGCAAUGUGGGACCAGUGACUUCAUCAGCUGUCUGACAGAGUUAAGAGCUCAGGGAACCUUCACAAGAAGAAACCAGUGACUUCAUCUGCAGUCCCUGACAGAGAGGAAAGCUCAGAGGACUUAGAGGACCUCAGCAAGAUGGAACCUGGGACUACAUCGCCUGCUCCUGUUACAUGUAAGAGCUCAGAGGACCUCUGUAAGAUGGAACCUGUGAACGAGUGAAGAGUUCAGGGAACCUCCACAAGUUGGGACCAGCGACUCCAUCUACUGUCUCUGACUGAGUGAAGAGCUCAGAGGACCUCUGUAAGAUGGAACCUGUGACUUCAUCACCUGUGCCUGACAGAGUUAAGAGCUCAGAGGACCUCUGUAAGAUGGAACCUGUGACUUCAUCACCUGUGCCUGACAGAGUUAAGAGCUCAGAGGACCUCUGUAAGAUGGAACCUGUGACUUCAUCACCUGUGCCUGACAGAGUUAAGAGCUCAGAGGACCUCUGUAAGACGGGACCAGUGAAACUAAAAAGAAAGACCUAUGUGGGUGUUUUUAACCCUUAGCCAAAACUGGUCGAGGGGUAUUGACGUAGCACUUGGUAUCCGUCCGUCUGUCUUUCCAUGUCUUGUCACACUGUGUCUGGAAUGCUGAUAACGAGGUUUACCAAACUUAUACCUCAAUGACACCGCAUAGAGAAGAAGGUGACAAGAAAACGUAAGUUUUGGUGGAAUUUGUCAAAAAUUUGUGAAAAGGGCCAGUAAAUACAUCAGACUUUCGAAUUACUGUCAAUUUGUAGUUAAUAUGUGUGGUGUUUAUGAAGAAAAGCAUUAUUUCUCUUCAUUUGUUGGUUGGUUGUGUUUGUCAUAAAAUUCCUCUGAGAAAACGCUGAUAAAUCACUCGCGUAUCACCUCGUGUUCACAAAGGAAAACAGCAUUUAACUUGACAUAUGGCAUACUAAAAGAAAGGUUGACUUCUUCUGUCACACUGUAUGUACCAAAUAAGAAAAUGCUUUAAAUUUCGCCCGUAAAUCGUCAUCAGAAA